AGUUCCAGUGCAAGGCAAGUUGAACUCCGAGCGGGACCUGAACCACGCGGGUGACACGCGACCGCACCGGCCUCACGCGGGGGGCGAGACAUCGCGCAGAUCAUCGCGCCUGGCGGGCCUGAUGUCUUUCCUUUGCGUGUUGCUUCGCUGCUCCGGUUUCGGUGUCGGGCGCUUACUCACGCUCUCCCUUCAUAGUCUUCCGGAGAGGGAAAGGGGGCACCUACUACAACCUCGCCACCACCACUGCCAGCGCCAGCCAUGAACCCCGCCCCCGCGCAGCAGCAGUUCAAGUCCUGGGACCCGGCGUCGCUGUCGACGGUCCACAAGAAGAAGAUCGCAUGCUUGGCAUGCCGGACAGUCAAAGUGCGAUGCGAUAUACAAGCAGGGCGCUCUAAAUGCCAGCGCUGCAUACGACUGAAGACGCCAUGCGAGCUCAAAGCUCGGAGGAGGCCACCGAACGCGAAGCAGCAAGCAAGCACUUCACAAGCCCCCGCAGAAGCACCUGCCCCUUCGACUUCAGCAGCGCCCCCGGCGGAGACCGCGGACAAUGCCAACUGGCAGAUGCGCGAGCCUGACGACAGACCAUCCAGUCCGGACGACUCCAACCAGUCUACGGACGAGGAUGACUGGCACGACUACCUACUGCCAGCAGCCGCCGCGGUCGGCUCACUUAACUUGAGCGAAGACACGGGAAACUCCCAGGACGGCGAUCCUAUAUUGAUGAGCUACGUAACGAGCUCAGAAGCUGAGAGUCUCUUUAGAGUGUGAGUGCUUUCCCCGUCUCGACCGGUAUAUCGCCUCUUCGGCCCUACCUGCGCGUCGCAGCACACAAUGUCGACCCAGAAUCUUUGCUAACCCCCUCC